GGGAAGGAAGAUGCAAGAGUUGAUCAAAACUAGAACCGAAUUACCAGAGAUGUUGGUGUUGGAGAUUCUCUCAAAGCUUCCUGUUAAAUCCUUGACCCGUUUCAGGUGCGUUUGUAAGCCCUGGUCUUCAUCUUUUGAAACCCCUCAUUUCAUUAACAAACAUCAUCAGAACAACCUCAAAAACAAUAACCUUAAUCUCCUCCUCAAACGUUGUCAUGGUGGCACCCCUGAUGACAUCCAUUAUUUCUCUCAACUUUCGACCGAGAAAGACCAAAACUUUAGAGUAAAACACAAUAUUCACUUACCCUUUUUUGAGAAUUUUGUGGAUGGACCUUUCGUUCAUGGCCCUUGUAAUGGAAUAUUGUGUUUAUCAGAACGAGGUAGUACUGGUCAGAAUGUUACCCUUUGGAACCCAUCUACCAGAGAGUUUAAAAUCCUUCCUCAAUCAACAGUCCAGCGCCCUCCUGGACUACUGGAUUUCUCUAGUUUUAAUUUCCUUGGUUUUGGGUAUGAUUCUCAAACCGAUGACUUCAAAUGUAUAAGAUUUGUUACUAAUUACUUUGAAGAGAAUCUAGAUGAUGGGUUGUUGGCAGAUUGGACCAGACAAGUUGAGUUAUAUUCGCUUAAAAGUGAUUCAUGGAAGGAAAUUUCAUUUCCUGGGAACAAUAUUAUUUGGAACUUUUGGACUUCAAUGGAUUGCUUGGUGCUCUUUUUUACCCAAGGGAAGUAACUGACAAGUCUUUUGAUUUAUGGGUUAUGAAUGGGUCAUGGACUAAACAAUUCAGUGUUGAAUCUGUUGUUGGAGUUGAGAGGCCUUUGGGGUUUUGGAAAAAUGGCGAGUUGUUUCUCGAGAGC